CUGGCUGUCCUGGAAGAUUACGCAGAUCCCUUUGAUGCGGCGCAGGUGGCUGGUAGCCAGGCAGGGCUGGAGAAGGUGACGGAGAACGAUGGAUACAUGGAGCCGUAUGAAGCCCAGAAGAUGAUGGCUGAGAUCCGCCAGAAGGGUUUACGGGAGGCUCCUGCCCGGCCACUGCACCUCUAUGACACUCCCUACGAGCCAGUGCUUGGAGGGCUGAACGUGGACGGUGACCGCCCAGCUUGCCCCAGGCCCAGGGAGUCCCGACUGCCCGAGGACGAUGAGCGGCCACCAGAGGAGUAUGACCAGCCCUGGGAGUGGAAGAAGGAGCGGAUCUCCAAAGCCUUUGCAGUUGAAAUCAAGGUCAUUAAAGACCUGCCAUGGCCACCGCCAGUGGGACAGCUCGACAGCGGUGAAAGUCCCCCGGACAGUGAGGCUGGUGCCUCCGUCCCUCCGCAGCAUGGCCAGCCCAGCUAUGAAGACGCCAACGGUCCAUCAGAGGGACUGGGGUAUGGCCGCACCUCGCCCUGCAGGGAGGAAAAGGCCAGGGCUGCCCUCAGGCAUGGCUCGGGUAGCCUCAAGAGCACUAAGACACUGAUUGCUGAGCCUGGCCCCUUC